GGUUGCAGCAAAGUUCGAUGUGACGGUCAACAACCUUCGUGCGGACUCUGCACCCGAAUAGGUCGUCCGUGCGUGUACUCAAAGGUGUCAGAAGAGGAGAAUUUGAAGCUGCGAGCCCGAAAGCGAGCACUCAAGGAGAAACGUGCCCUGGAGCGGACGGGAAGACAGCGAGCUGACGCCAGAUCAAAGGCUGGGCCCUCAUCCCAUUGGCUGUCUGGAGUCGCGCCCCCCACACCCUCGCGCAAUCGCGCUUACACCACAAGUGGAUCUUCGCGACCCGCUUGGCUUUCGCAAGAACCUCAGUCGCCAGCAAGGCCCGAUAGCGCUGAUGCGGCGACAGAGAGCGCAUCACUUGCGCCACUAUCGCCACAGGAUUUCUCCUUGACACCUUCUGCGGGGCCUCAAUGGCCGCGUCGUGCUUUUGCAAACGCGGUCGAGGGCCGACCGCUCAUCGGUAUGAAUAAUUCCUCUGCCGUAGCAGUCACCGACAAGGCCUCCAAGCUAGUCCCAUCGCCCUCCCCUCGCAUCGCUCAGCACACGAGCGCUGCUCCUGCGACAUCCAGCAUCAGUCACUGGCUACCACCUGGGCAUCCGCUCAACGCAGGUGCACGACCGGCAUCUAGCACCGAGGGAGUGCGAAGCGGACAUACCGGCAAAAUCGAUAGAAUGCCUUCGCACGAAGGGCACCUCUCUCGCCCAAGUGAGCCUCUUCCUUCAGCUCCGAUGCAACGACCGCGACCUGGUCCUGACUUGCAGCCAGUCUCGGCCGGGGGUUACUGGGCGCCUAUCACCACGCCGAACGACAACCUGGACCAACAUAAGGGUUCCAGCGCUUCUCAGAGCACGGCAGCAGGGUCUGCGAUGGGUGCCCACGACUUCGGCCGGAGCUUGAGGCAACGCGAAGAGAUCAGUCGCGCGGAUGCACGGCGACAUCAGACGCACCGAGGCCUGCAGCAACCGUCCCGGGGUGGGGCAUUUAUGAGGGUGCCAAAUGAGCGGGAGGAGGCGGAAAUGUCACCUAGCAAUCAGAUGUACCUCCCCUGGGGACCGCCUUGGGACACGAGAAGUUCAGGGAUACCACUCAGCUCUUGGCCGUCUAGCUCUCAUCCAAGUCAGCUACAUCAUGAAUUUUCCCGACCCCCUUUGCACGGGCGCAGCCAGGCCUCUCACGCGCCUCUGCGAAGCCUACCAGCCUUGGAUGGGACUCAAAGCUGGGACCACAUUGCUUCUCCGGCCUCAGCAUUCACGGGUGUGUCCGGACCUCAGGCAUCUCCAGGCACCAUCAUGAGCUACUACAUGCCCAUGGAGGCCCCGCCAGGUCCGGAGGGCGAAUAUGUGGCGCGAAUGAGAGCGAAUACCAUGUACCGACGUCCUCAGGUAGAGCACGAUAUGCUUCGUGCAGGGCGCUCCGCACAAGUCGCAGGCACGCCUUAUCAACCCAAUCCGAUUUCGUCGGAGCACAUGUCGCCUGCCGUCAUACCGCCCAGCACGUCCUCUUCAGAAAGGGGUCAAGAGGUCCGCUACUACUGGGUACCGGUUUCAGAUCCCGACGGCCCGCCUGCCACAUGAAAUCACCUUCCCUGCGCGGCUACCCACUCGCCACUCGUGAUUACAGCUGUGAACCACGUAGACUCAGCUGGUGACGCUAGCUGUGCUACGCCAUCGCGCGU